UGUGUGUGUGUGUUGGGCUCCACCCGACGGGCCCAGCAGAAAACAAGUUACACCGCAGGUUCAAACAUGGCGUCCGCAGCACUCUUCUGAAGUCGAAGUUUAUCCAGCCUCACUUUAAAGCAUGUAACGGAGCGCUGGCCGCUUACUCAAACACCCGGGAACUGCUUUAGGAAGCGUACAGGUCGAGUUGACCGAGGAAGCCAUGAUAAUUCGCGGUCGUGUGUUACUUUAAAAGUUGAGAGUUUGCGGGUUGAGCGCUGGCUAGGUUAGCCAACUCGUUAGCAACAGCUAAGCUAGCUAGGUUAGCUACCUACUGAGGCAGCCUGGUGGCUAACCAGCCUGAGGACUUCGGCGGACUAAGAGAGAGAGAGAGAGAGUUAACGGGUGAUUUAAAGAGUUGGAGGACUUAAGUUAGAGGAAAAAGCAGUGGAAGAACUCUUUGGCUGUGCUCUGAGGACUCAGCGAAGAUGGCCCAGUCGCCGGUAGCUGUUCAGGUUCCUGGAAUGCAGAACCCUCGAGCAGAUCCUGAGGAGCUGUUCACCAAACUUGAGCGCAUCGGGAAGGGCUCAUUUGGGGAGGUCUUCAAGGGCAUUGAUCGCCGCACACAAAAUGUGGUGGCUAUCAAAACGAUUGACCUGGAGGAGGCAGAGGACGAGAUUGAGGACAUCCAGCAGGAGAUAACCGUCCUCAGCCAGUGCGACAGUCCUCACGUCACAAAGUACUAUGGCUCAUAUUUAAAGGGCAGUAAGCUUUGGAUCAUAAUGGAAUAUCUUGGAGGGGGUUCUGCUCUAGACCUGCUGCGGGCAGGGCCCUUUGACGAGUGCCAGAUAGCCACAAUGCUAAAGGAGAUUUUAAAAGGCCUUGACUACCUGCAUUCAGAGAAAAAGAUUCAUAGGGACAUCAAAGCUGCCAACGUGCUGCUGUCAGAGUCUGGUGAGGUGAAGCUGGCGGACUUUGGUGUGGCGGGACAGCUCACAGACACACAGAUCAAAAGGGAGACGUUUGUGGGAACGCCUUUCUGGAUGGCCCCAGAGGUCAUCCAGCAGUCUGCAUACGAUUCUAAAGCUGAUAUCUGGUCUUUGGGGAUCACCGCUAUUGAACUGGCCAAGGGAGAGCCACCAAACUCAGACAUGCAUCCCAUGCGUGUUCUCUUCCACAUCCCUAAGAACACACCCCCCACCCUCAACGGCGACUUCUCCAAAUCCUUCAAGGAGUUUGUGGACUCCUGUUUGAACAAAGACCCUACGUUUAGGCCAACAGCAAAGGAGCUCCUGAAGCACAAGUUCAUUGUAAAGAAUGCCAAGAAGACAUCCUACCUCACAGAGCUGAUAGACAGGCUGAAGCGCUGGAAAGCUGAAGGCCACAGUGAUGGAGAAUCCAGUUCAGACUCUGACUCGGAGUCCAGCAGUAAGGACAGCGACUCAUCCCCCGAGUGGUCCUUCACCACUGUCCGAAAGAAGAAGCAACCUGACAAUCAGUCCAAUGGAAUGGACCAAGAGGUACAGAAAAAAUCUGCCAGCUUAGCCACAGUCAUAGGUCCGGUAUUUACUGAGCUGAAGCUGCAGCACAGGGACGGGGAUGUGAAGAGGAGUGUGAUUGAAGACCUGGAGAAAAGUCUGCAUGCUGCUGAAGACGUCUGUCCUGGGGUUACAGACAGGAUGAUCAGUCACAUCCUAGAGAGAGUGCAGAGGUUCUCUGUGAGUUAGUUUGGCUGUGGAAUAAAGGCACACAGACGACUACGGAGCUGGAUGACUGAACAAUUCGUCAGGCUUCUACAAUCUCAGCUCUUCCUGUUCACUGAACAUGAACACAUACAUACACACACAAACACACUCACGCUCCCUCUUUACAUACAGGGACAGGAGGGACGCGGGUUGCACACACACUAUUAAAAC